UCAGUUCUUUGUGUUUCUUUUGUUCUCAAUCCCCAAACAUUUGCUGUUUAGUUGCAUAGACACUGCUUCCAUAUUAAGGUUGGGUUCCUUAGCCAUUUGCUAGCUAUGAGUUGGGUUCCUUAGCCUUUUCCAAGUACCUGAUUGCUUUCUGAAUUCAGCAAGUUUCGGAAUGGCGACGAGCGCGAACAGCGGUGGCGUUGGCAACCAAACCUACAAACCCUACCGGCAUUUGAAAACCCUAACUGGCCACGAAAGCGCCGUGUCAUGCGUGAAGUUCUCGAACAACGGAACGCUAUUAGCCUCGGCAUCCCUCGACAAAACCCUAAUUAUUUGGUCAUCUGCCACGCUCUCCCUCCUCCACCGCCUUGUUGGUCACUCUGAGGGCAUCUCUGACCUGGCCUGGUCCUCGGAUUCGGACUCUCACUAUAUCUGCUCUGCCUCCGACGACUGCACCAUCCGUAUAUGGGACGCCACCGGGGGCGAUUGCGUGAAGAUCCUCCGCGGCCACUCUGAUGCGGUCUUCUGUGUGAAUUUCAAUCCCCAAUCAAGCUACAUAGUGUCCGGGUCCUUCGACGAGAGCAUUAGGGUUUGGGAUGUGAAGACCGGCAAAUGCGUCCAAGUCAUCAACGGCCACUCUAUGCCUGUCACCUCCGUGCACUACAACCGCGAGGGCACCCUCAUCCUCUCUGCCAGCCAUGAUGGCUCUUGCAAAGUUUGGGACACCAAAACCUUUGCUCCAUUGAAGACCCUCAUCGAUGAUAAGGUUCCUGCUGUCUCCUUCGCCAAAUUCUCCCCCAAUGGCAAGUUCAUUCUGGUCGCAACUCUGAAUGACACCCUGAAGCUCUGGAACUACGGGAGUGGGAAGUUCUUAAAAAUAUAUUCUGGGCAUGUGAAUAGAGUAUACUGCAUAACUUCUACAUUUUCUGUGACUAAUGGGAGAUAUAUUGUUAGCGGUUCUGAAGAUUGCUGCGUUUAUUUAUGGGAUCUUCAGCAGAAAAAUAUGAUUCAGAGACUUGAAGGCCAUACAGAUACUGUAAUAUCUGUUACUUGUCACCCCACAGAGAACAAAAUUGCUUCCGCUGGUCUCGCUCGAGAUGCAACUGUGAGGGUUUGGGUACAGGAUUCCUGAAUAAUAUUGAAAUUAUAGGGUGUUUUAAGACAACUAAUACAACUCAUGCACGGUGAUCUCUUGUGGGCACUAUUCUGUCUUUCUUUUUUGUAAAUAUAUUUUUCAUUAUUUGAUUGUAAACUCAUCACAUUUCUAGACAUCUUAAAGUGUUACAUGUCUAAUGUGUGAUGUGAAGUAUGAGUCUUGUAUGUUACCUA